AUACUAGUACACGGCAGCUAUCAAAUUUGGAUACCAGUAUUGUACUGUAUACUUUAGUACGACGCACGGGCGCACAAGUUAUUCCAAAUAAAUAAAUGCAAGAGCCCCGUGUCUGUCUGUCUGUCUCUCUCUCUCUCUCUCUCUCCCGGCGGCGAAGACUUGCACAAGUUCAACGCUUCUCUCGCUCAGUCCCAGCCCUACCAUAAUCCCAUUGCACACUUGACUAGCUCUCUUCGAUCGCCAUGUCUGCUGGAGCGGGAGCGGGAGGCCAUGCUGGGGGCCUCUACGGGGAUCCUGCCGCCGCUGACCACUUCGCCGCCUUCGACCACGACGACUUCUUCCAGAGAUCGCCGUGCGCCGGGGAAGGCGGCGGCGGCGAUGGGCUGAUGACGCCGUACUCGAGCAUCACGGACUACCUGCAGGGCUCCCUGGACCCCGCGGGGCUGGCCGCGCACCUCGACGCGCCGUGCCGGUCGGGCGAUGACGCCGUGAAGCAGGGAAUGGAGGCGGUGCCGGUGCGGUUGGUCCGGCAUGACGGCCAGACCGGUGCGCCGGUCACGCCGAACUCGUCGGUGCUGUCGUCGUCCAGCUGCGAGGCAGGAGGUGCCGACGAGGAGCCGCGGCGCCGGCGCAAGGCAGGUAGGCCGGAGGAGGAGGAGGAAGAGGAGCAGGAGGAGAUCGAUGCUGAUGAGGGAUCUGCCGCCGAUCGGAACUGCAAGCAGAGGGGCAAAGAGAAGAAGGCGAGAGGCGAGAAGAAGCCGCGGGAGCCCCGCGUGGCGUUCAUGACCAAGAGCGAGGUCGACCACCUCGAGGACGGCUACCGGUGGCGCAAGUACGGCCAGAAGGCCGUGAAGAACAGCUCGUACCCGAGGAGCUACUACCGGUGCACGGCGGCGCGGUGCGGGGUGAAGAAGCGGGUGGAGCGCUCGCACCAGGACCCCUCCACGGUGAUCACCACGUACGAGGGGCAGCACACGCACCCGAGCCCCGCGAGCCUCCUCAUCAGGGGCGGCGGCGGGGCCUACGCGGCGCCGGCGCGGCUUGGCUUCCGCCCCGACCUGCGCGCGAUGAUCGACUACGCUCACGCCACGCGCGUGACGCCCGGGAGCUUGCUGCUACCUCCAGCCGCCGGCGGCCUGCUCCCGCCGACGCCGCGCCUUCUUCAGGAGCACCGCCGCUCUUCCUCGCAUCUGGCUGCGUACGGCAGCGUGCUGGACCUCAUUCCGUCGGAGAUGGGCAGCGAGCAUGCAUGAGCAUUGCUGAUUUUUCCAGGCCGGCGUAUAUAUAUCUGUCAUUUUAGUUGAAUGCUUAAUUAAAUACUGAAAUGAAGUGUUUCUCUUACUUUCUGAGGUGAGGCUUGAGUACAAUGGAAACGCAAACUGAAAUGAAAUAUCGCACGAAUGGUUUCAUA